AUGUCAGGUAAAGGUGGUAAAGCUGGUUCUGCUGCUAAGGCUUCUCAAUCUAGAUCUGCAAAGGCAGGUUUGACUUUCCCAGUCGGUAGAGUUCACAGAUUGUUGAGAAAGGGUAACUACGCUCAAAGAAUCGGUUCUGGUGCUCCAGUCUAUUUGACUGCCGUUUUGGAAUAUUUGGCUGCUGAAAUCUUGGAAUUGGCCGGUAACGCUGCUAGAGACAACAAGAAGACCAGAAUCAUCCCAAGACAUUUGCAAUUGGCUAUCAGAAACGAUGACGAAUUGAACAAAUUGUUGGGUAACGUGACCAUCGCUCAAGGUGGUGUCUUGCCAAACAUUCACCAAAACUUGUUGCCAAAGAAAUCUUCCAAGGCUAAGGCUUCUCAAGAAUUAUAA